AUGGGCUGUGGAGCAUCCUCGCCAAUGCCAAUAGGCAAUCUACCCAACGAACGUUCAUCAUUAUUACCAACAUCAUCUACUACAUUAAAUCAACAAUCUGAUUUAAAUCAAAAUCCAAAACGAGAUCGUCGUCGAACUGAUAAAAAUGAAAUUAUUCAAAAUUUUCUUUUGCUUUGGCUUGAUGCUAAAAUUGAUGAAUCUAAUGAAGACUAUCGUAAUUCAAUCAAGCAUUUGCAACGUACCGUCAAUACAAUCAAACCAUAUCGAGAUACAGAAGAAUGUAUCAAUUAUAUAUCAGAACUUGAAAAUGAAAAAGCAUUUUUGAUUAUUUCUGGUGCAUUAUGUGAAUCUGUUGUGCCACGCGUUCAUAAUAUGACACAACUCUAUUCAAUUUAUGUAUUCUGUCGAAAAAAAGAAAAAUAUGAAGAAUGGGCAAAAGACUGGUCCAAAGUGAAAGGUAUUUUCACUGAAAUUAUUCCAAUUUGUGAUGCAGUUCGACAAUCUGCUCGACAAUGUGACGAAGAUUCUAUCGUCGUUAAUGCUGUAUCAUCAUUGAAUCAAAUCGAACCAUUGUUCAUGUAUACACAACUUUUCAAAGAAAUUAUUCUAGAGAUCGAUUUUGACGGAAACAAAGAAAUCAACGAACUAGCCGAAUAUGCACGUGAAAAAUACGCUGGGAAUGACGAGCACUUGGCAAUAAUUGAUGAAUUCGUUCGAGACUAUCGAAGUCAUUUGGAUGAAAAUAACAAGCCUGUUUGGUGGUAUACUCGGGAGUGCUUCAUAUAUCAUAUGCUAAAUAAAGCAUUGGGUAAAUUACAAGUAGAAACCCUUCUUAAAAUGGGCAUCUUCAUUCGGGACCUACAUCGAAACAUCGAAAAACUUCAUGCAGAACAAACAAAUGAAAUGUCCGAUGGUACAACAAAAGAAAUUACAGUGUAUCGAGGUAAAGCAAUGACUCAAGAAGAUUUUAAUAAAAUUAAGCAAGGUGGCCUUUUAUCAUUCAAUAAUUUCCUUUCAACAAGUACCGAUCGAACAGUAGCUAUUAGAUUUAUUAAGGAAGGACUCGAGUCUAAUAGUAAGAAAACUGGUGUUCUAUUCAAAAUGAAUAUUGAUCAAUCGAUUUCAUCAUCAGCAGCAGCACCGUUUGCUAGCAUUAACAAAUAUAGUUAUUUCAAGACAGAGAAUGAAAUUUUAUUUUCCAUGCAUACAGUUUUUCGUGUUCGUCAAAUCGAAGAAAAGGAACAUGAUGGGAUCAAAUUUUGGAGAGUAAAACUUUCUCUCACCAAUGCUAGUGAUGACCAACAACUAAGUACUCUCAUUAAACGUAUACGACAAGAGAUUACUAGUACAGGAUGGCGAAAAAUGGGUACAUUGUUAUGGAAACUCGGCGAGAAUAAUAAAGCCGAACAAUUGUACCACAUGUUACUCAACGAGGCAUCAAAUGAAAAUGAUGAAUCCUAUUGUUAUCACUGCCUUGGAGUGAUUAAGGGUGAUCUAGGACAAUACAAUGAGGCCAUCAAAUUUUAUCAAAAAUCUUUGGAUAUUUACGAGAAAACUCUCCCUCCGAAUCAUCCCUCGUUGGCUUCUUCCUACGGCAACAUCGGUAAUGUGUAUAAUAACAUGGGCGAGUACUCGAAAGCACUUUCAUCGCACGAACGAGCACUUGAAAUCCAAAAAAUAGCUCUCCCUCCGAAUCAUCCCGACUUGGCUGGUUCCUACAUCAACAUCGGUGCAGUGUAUAAUAACAUGGGCGAGUACUCAAAAGCACUUUCAUCGUAUGAACGAUCACUUGAAAUCCGAAAAAUAGCUCUCCCUCCGAAUCAUCCCGACAUGGCUGGUUCCUACCAAGGUAUCGCUUUGGUGUAUGAUAACAUGGGCGAGCACUCGAAAGCACUUUCAUCAUUCGAACGAUCACUUGAAAUCCAAAAAAUUGCUCUCCCUCCAGAUCAUCCCAACUUCGCUCAAUCCUACAACAACAUCGGUUUGGUGUAUUAUAACAUGGGCGAGUACUCGAAAGCACUUUCAUCAUUCGAACGAUCAUUUGAAAUCCAAAAAAUAGUUCUCCCUCCAAAUCAUCCCGACUUGGCUAGUUCCUAUAACAACAUCGGUAUGGUGUAUAAUAGUAUGGGCGAGUACUCGAAAGCACUUUCAUCGUACGAACGAUCACUUGAAAUCCGAAAAAUAGCUCUCCCUCCAAAUCAUCCCGACUUGGCUAGUUCCUACAGCAACAUCGGAGGGGUGUAUAAUAGAAUGGGCGAGUACUCGAAAGCACUUUCAUCGUACGAACGAUCACUUGAAAUGCGAAAAAUAGCUCUUCCUCCAAAUCAUCCCGACUUGGCUUCUUCCUACAACAACAUCGGUUCGGUGUAUGAUAACAUGGGCGAGUACCCGAAAGCACUUUCAUCAUUCGAACGAUCACUUGAAAUCAAAAAAAUAGCUCUCCCUCCAAAUCAUUCCGACUUGGCUACUUUAUACAACAACAUCGGUUUGGUGUAUUAUAACAUGGGCGAGUACUCGAAAGCACUUUCAUCAAUCGAACGAUCACUUGAAAUCCGAAAAAUAGCUCUCCCUUCGAAUCAUCCCGACUUGGCUACUUCCUACAACAACAUCGGUGCAGUGUAUAAUAACAUGGGCGAGUACUCGAAAGCACUUUCAUCAUUCGAACGAUCACUUGAAAUCCGAAAAAUAGCUCUCCCUCCGAAUCAUCCUGACUUGGCUGCUUCCUACAACAACAUCGGUUCGGUGUAUGAUGACAUGGGCGAGUACUCGAAAGCACUUUCAUCAAUCGAACGAUCACUUGAAAUCCGUAAAAUAGCUCUCCCUCCGAAUCAUCCUGACUUGGCUUCUUCCUACAACAACAUUGGAGAAGUUUAUAAUCACAUGGGCGAGUACUCGAAAGCACUUUCAUCGCACGAACGAUCACUUGAAAUCCCACGUUUUCUAAUGUUAAAUGUAAUUGAUCAAUUAUUAGAGCAUUAUGAUCAAAAUCAUAGUAAAAUUUUAAUAAUUGGUUAUCUUAAAUUAAAUAUCAAUAAAUUUCAAUCAUCAUCAAGAAAAAGUCAAUGA